AUGGCUACACUUCUUCAGCUUUUUCUAGUUUUCAAUAUUCUCCUCCUCUUUGAGAGCAGCUCUUUGAUGAUGAGGCCAAUGGAAUCAGUCACAGAUGGUACAAGGAUGAUCAAGGUAGGGAGGAAUGAGACAGAUCGAUUUGCUUUGCUGGAUUUCAAGAAACAAAUUUAUUAUGAUCCGUAUGGAGCACUAAGUUCUUGGAACAAUUCCAUCCAUUUCUGCAACUGGUUUGGGAUCACUUGUGGCCACCGUCAUCGACAACGGGUUAUCAGCUUGGAUUUACGGGGGAAGGGCUUGAGAGGUAACAUAUCUCCUUCCAUUGGGAAUCUCACUUUUCUUCAUUCCCUUAUCCUUGUAAACAAUAGCUUCCAUGGCAAAAUCCCCCAACAGAUCGGUUAUCUGAAUCGACUACAAUUAAUUGCUUUUGAAAACAAUACUCUCCAAGGAGAAAUUCCUAUCAGCUUGGCCAAUUGCACUCGUCUGAGAAGAAUUUGGUGCUCCAAUAACUAUCUCGUUGGAAAGAUUCCAAUCGAACUAUUUACGUCUUUGUCAAAGCUGGAGGUAAUUGAUAUUGAUGAUAAUGGUUUAACAGGAGAAAUACCAUCUUCUCUUGGGAACAUUUCCUCCGUCCAAAUUAUCGGUUUCAGUGGGAAUGAACUGCAUGGGAGCAUUCCAGAAUCCUUUGGUCAGCUAACAAACUUAUACUUUCUAUCACUUGGUCAAAACAACCUAUCUGGAAUGUUCCCUCUAUCACUAUACAAUCUCUCAUCUCUUGAAAUUAUUUCUCUUACAAACAACCAACUGCAUGGGAGCCUUCCACGAGACAUCGGGCUCACUCUUCCAAUUCUCAAAAGCCUACUAAUUGGAGAAAACCUUUUCUCAGGGAGAAUUCCAAAUUCCAUCUCCAACAUCUCAACACUUGAAAAGAUUGCUCUCAGUGUAAACAAUUUUCUUGGACCCGUCCCUAACAACUUCGGAAAUCUUCAAAAACUUCAAUGGUUCCUUAUUCAUAAAAAUCAAUGUGGAACAGGGGAAGCUGAUGAAUUAGAUUUUGUAAAUUCUUUGGUCAAUUGUACAAAUCUAAAGUUUUUGGCAAUAAGAGAAAAUGGUUUUAAGGGUCCCCUUCCCAACUUUAAAGCCAAUCUCUCAACACAGCUCUCAAUACUUCUUUUGGGAGCGAAUCAAAUAUCUGGAACCAUUCCUACUGGGAUUGAGAAUCUUGUCAAUUUGACCAAUUUGGGAAUGGAGUAUAACUCUCUGGAAGGUAAUAUUCCAUCUGUCAUAGGGAAGCUUCCAAAGCUUCAAAGAUUAUUCUUGAAUAAAAAUAGACUUUCAGGACAGAUACCUUCCUCCACAGGCAAUCUCACUCUUUUGUAUGAACUCCAUUUAGAAGAAAACAACUUAAAUGGAAGCAUUCCUUCAAGCAUUGGAAAUUGUCAACAUUUACAGUACCUAACCCUUUCUAAUAAUAGCCUCCAAGGCCCUAUACCUAAACAACUCUUCCUUAUUUCCUCCCUAUCAAUAUCACUCGAUUUGUCUUCUAAUUCUCUGGUCGGUUCCCUACCAAUUGAAAUCGGUAACUUGAAGAGUCUUUCUACAAUAGAUAUCUCCAAAAACAGAUUGUCUAGAGAAAUCCCCUCCUCCAUUGGUGAUUGUAAUAGUUUGGAACAUCUUUAUAUGGGGGAUAAUUUCUUUGAAGGAAUUAUUCCCCAAUCUUUAAUUCUUUUGAAGGGGCUUCAAGAUUUAGAUCUCUCACUCAACAACUUAUCAGGGCAAAUCCCGGAAGAUCUAGAAAAGCUUUUAGCAUUGCAGAGUUUGAAUUUGUCCUUCAAUAAUCUUGAAGGGGAGGUACCAACAAAAGGAAUCUUUGGAAAUGCAAGUGCAAUUUUUAUGAAUGGAAAUGAUAAGCUUUGUGGUGGAAUUGCAGAGUUACAUCUGCCUGCAUGCCCAAACCCUGUACCUAUGAAACGAGAAAAGUCCAAUACCUUUAGAAUAGUUUUAGAGAUAAUCAGUUUGGUGUUUGGUUUUCUUUUGAUAUCUUCCUUUCUUACUCUCUAUUGGAGAAGAAGAUCAAAAAGUAAACCUCCAUCCACACCAUUAAUCGGUGAACGAUUCUUAAGGCUUUCUUACAGAGAUCUCUUCCAAGCUACUGGAGGAUUUUCUUCGGCUAAUUUCAUAGGUUCCGGUAGUUUUGGCUCUGUUUACAAAGGGAUCAUCGACCAAGAUGAAACUAUUGUUGCAAUCAAGGUGUUCAACCUUCAAAAUCCAAGAGUCUACAAGAGCUUUAUGGCUGAAUGCAAAGCAUUAAUAAACAUUCGGCAUCGAAAUCUUGUCAAGAUUUUAACUUCAUGUUCAAGUAUUGAUUCAAAAGGCAAUGAUUUCAAAGCCCUCGUUUAUGAGUUCAUGCCCAAUGGGAGUCUAGAUGAUUGGUUGCAUCUGCCGGUGGAGGAACAUAAUCAUUCAAGAAAUUUAAACUUUCUUCACAGAUUAAACACCGCAAUUGAUGUAGCUUCUGCUUUGGAUUAUCUUCAUUGUAACAGUUUUACGGCAAUUGUUCAUUGUGACUUGAAGCCAAGCAAUGUUCUACUUGACAAAGAUAUGACUGCACAUGUUAGUGAUUUUGGUUUGGCGAGGCUGUUUUUAGAACCUGAUGACAAUUCAUCCCAAACUCAAACUAGUACCAUUGGGAUAAAAGGAUCUAUUGGCUAUGCUGCUCCAGAAUAUGGAAUUGGUGGAAAGGCAACUAUACAAGGGGAUGUGUAUAGCUAUGGGAUCCUUUUAUUGGAGAUGUUCACCGGAAAAAGACCAACAGAUCAGAUGUUUACAGAUAACUUAAAUCUCCAUAAUUUUGCAAAAGCAGCUUUACCCGUACACGUGAUGCAAAUUUUAGAUCCAACACUCUUACCCAAGGAAGAACAAAGUGAAGAAAUUGAAGUGGUUGCUACCAAUAGGAUUGAAGGUCCUAGUCAUAGGACAGAUCAAUUGCAAGAUUGGAUAACGUCAAUAAUUGAAAUUGCAAUCCAGUGCUCCAUGGAAUCACCAAGAGAACGUAUGAACAUGAAUGAUGUUGUGAGGGGACUACAUUUAAUCAAAGGAAAAUUUUAUUGAAG